AAAAGGAUAAACUUGAAAUCGGCAUUUGUUUGUUUUGAUUCGAUUUAUUAAUUCUUGUAGUAUAAUUUUAAAAUAUGGACAGUGAUUUAUAUGACGAAUUCGGUAAUUAUAUUGGUCCAGAUUUGGAUUCAGAUUCAGAUGAUGAACAAAGUGUGUAUGGACAAGAUAACCGGGACGCGGAUGAAGAUGCUAUGGAAGAAGACGAGGACGCUGAUGCCGAGCCCGAGACGGCGCCCAUGUCUGUCGUACUACAUGAGGAUAAAAGAUACUACCCUCAAGCAGUUGAAGUAUAUGGGCCGGAUGUGGAGACUGUAGUUCAGGAGGAAGAUACACAGGCCCUGGACAAGCCCCUUAUAGAACCAGUGAAACACAAGAAGUUUCAAGUGCAAGAGCAACAGCUGCCUGAGACUAAAUAUGACAUGGAAUAUUUGGCUGAUAUGCUUGACAACACCAACCUGAUGAGGAACAUCACCUUGAUGGGUCAUUUACACAAUGGUAAAACCUCAUUUGUUGAUUGCCUGAUGCGUCAAACACACCCUGGUACUAUAAAUAAUGAAACCACCAUCCCCAUGCGUUACACUGACACAUUAUUUGUGGAGCAGGAGCGUGGGGUAUCAAUCAAGUCUAUGCCAGUAACAUUACUUCUCAAGGACAUUAAAGGCAAAUCACAUCUGCUGAACAUCAUGGACACACCAGGACAUGUCAACUUUAGUGAUGAAGUCACUGCUGCUUUGAGGAUAUCCGAUGGUGCCGUGUUGUUUGUCGACGCAGCAGAAGGAAUCAUGCUCAACACGGAACGUCUCCUCCGGCACGCAGUCCAAGAGAGGGUCCCUCUCACUAUAUGCAUCAACAAGAUUGACCGAUUGAUUUUAGAAUUAAAGCUGCCACCUGCAGAUGCAUAUUACAAGUUAAGGCACAUUGUUGAUGAGCUGAACUCCAUGUUGGAGACCAAUCAACCGCAGGAUAAUCCCGAUGAACCUGCUACUGUAUUCUCGCCACUGUUGGGUAACGUGUGCUUCGCAUCGUCGCUGUACGACGUCUGCUUCACGCUGGAGUCGUUCGCGGCGAUGUACGCAGCAGCGCAGCAGUCGCCGGCGCUGCGGGCGCGCGACAUGGCGGCCUGGCUGUGGGGCGAUGUCUAUUUCAACGCGAAAACACGACGCUUCACAAAGAAGCAGCCGCACGCUUCUGCGCAGCGAAGCUUCGUCGAGUUCAUACUGGAGCCGCUGUAUAAGAUAUUCGCGCAGGUGGUGGGUGACGUGGAUGAUACGUUGCCAGCAGUGCUCGCCGAGUUGGGCAUCAAACUCACCAAGCAGGAGUCCAAGCUGAACGUGCGCCCCUUGUUGCGGCUCGUGUGCAGCAGAUUCUUUGGAGAUUUCUGCGGCUUCGUGGAAAUGGCAGUACGUCACGUGCCGUCCCCGCUGGACGCGGCGCCGCGGAAGGUGGCGCACGCGUACCGAGGCGUGACCGGCGCACUGCGGGACGACAUGCUCGCCUGCGACCAGUCCGGACGACUAGUCGCGCACACCACCAAGAUGUACCCCACCGACGAUUGCACCUUCUUCUUGGUAUUGGCCCGUAUAAUGUCUGGCACGCUGUACGCCGGGCAGACUGUGCGCGUGCUGGGCGAGAACUACAGCAGUCAAGACGAGGAGGACUCGAGGGUCAUGAACGUCGGCCGCCUGUGGGUCUAUGAGGCCAGGUACAAGGUGGAACUGAACCGCGUACCGGCUGGAUGCUGGGCACUGAUAGAGGGCGUUGACCAGCCUAUAGUGAAAACCUGCACCCUGGUGUCAGCCGACGAAACAGAGGAGCUGCAUACGUUCAAGCCGCUGAGGUUCAACACGCAAGCGGUGGUGAAGAUCGCCGUGGAGCCAGUCAAUCCGUCGGAGCUGCCGAAAAUGUUGGACGGGCUAAGAAAGGUGAACAAAUCAUACCCGCUGUUGUCGACACGCGUGGAAGAGAGCGGCGAGCACGUCAUACUCGGGACCGGCGAACUGUACCUCGACUGCGUCAUGCACGACCUCAGGAAUAUGUACUCGGAAAUUGACAUAAAAGUGGCGGACCCGGUGGUGUCGUUCUGCGAGACGGUGGUGGAGACGUCCUCGCUGAAGUGCUUCGCGGAGACGCCCAACAAGCGGAACAAGCUGACGAUGAUCGCGGAGCCCCUGGAGCGCGGGCUGGCCGAGGACAUCGAGGCGGGCGCCGUCUGCGUCACGUGGGACCGGAAGCGGCUCGGGGAGUUCUUCCAGACCAAAUACGACUGGGAUUUGCUCGCGGCCCGUUCUAUAUGGGCGUUUGGUCCGGACACUAUGGGCCCCAACAUUCUAGUCGACGACACCCUGCCCUCCGAAGUCAACAAACAUCUGCUGGCUUCCGUCAAGGACAGCAUUGUGCAAGGAUUCCAAUGGGGUACCAGGGAAGGUCCGCUGUGCGAGGAGCCCAUACGAAACGUGAAGUUUAAAAUAUUGGACGCAGUGAUUGCUCAGGAGCCACUCCAUAGAGGCGGCGGACAGAUCAUACCCACUGCCAGAAGGGUGGCAUACUCGGCGUUCUUGAUGGCGACGCCGAGGUUGAUGGAGCCGUAUCUGUUUGUUGAGGUGCAGGCGCCCGCUGACUGCGUGUCGGCAGUCUACACAGUGCUGGCCAAGCGACGAGGUCACGUGACCCAGGACGCGCCAGUCGCCGGUUCGCCGCUGUACACAAUCAAGGCUUUUGUACCAGCCAUCGAUUCGUUCGGCUUCGAGACAGACCUCCGCACGCACACCCAGGGCCAGGCCUUCUGUCUGCAGGUGUUCCACCACUGGCAGAUCGUGCCCGGGGACCCGCUUGACAAGAGCAUAAUCAUCAGACCGUUAGAGCCGCAGCCAGCAACACACUUGGCUCGCGAGUUCAUGAUCAAGACCAGACGCCGGAAGGGGCUCAGCGAGGAUGUCUCCAUCAACAAGUUCUUCGAUGACCCUAUGUUGUUGGAACUCGCCAGACAAGAUGUACAAUUAAACUAAUUUUUAUAUUUAAUUAUAUUUUUACCCUAAGAUCUGCAGUUUUU